GCAAUUAUUUGUAUACCAUUCCAGUCAGAUGACCACGGUUCCACAAUAAGCUCAUUCAGAAAUGGCAUCACUCACAACCCCCGGUCGAAUGAAGGCGCUCGUCGCACCCAAAUAUUGCAAGCCAAAAGACUAUACCAUCAGCGAUGUCCCGACACCAGAGAUUACCAGGCCAGAUGAUGUUUUGAUCCGCGUUUACGCCGCGGGAACAACGGUAGGCGAAACAAUAUUGGCCAAAGGGAACUUCUCCGUGCUAGUGGACUCGAGCUUCCCAAUGAUAAUGGGCUUGGAGGGCUCCGGCGUCGUCGUUGCGGUCGGCAGAGACGUCAAAAGGUUCAAAGCCGGUGAUGAAGUCAUGGGUGGAAGCUGGACCCGGCCAAUGCUUCCCAUGAAAUACGAGAAAUGGAUGGCAGAAUACACAGUGACGGCCGAAAGCCUGCUACUACCCAAGCCGCCGCAUAUGUCCUUUGAGGAAUGCGCGGGCAUACUCGGCAGCGCCGUCACAGCCUACCAGUCCUUCCGGCGCGGGUUCGAACUCAUGGGACAAAAGUCAUUCGAGGGCAAGACGGUCUUUGUGCCUGCCGCACUCUCGGCAACGGGGUCGAUCGCGGUGCAGAUGGCGAAGAACGUCUACGGGGCGGCCAGGGUGAUCAGCACCGUGUCAACGCCCAAGAUGUCUCUGGUCGAGAAGCACCUCCCGGGCGCGGUGGAUCAGGUGCUCGAUUACCAAAAGCAAGACGUCGUCAAGGAGGUGGGGCAAGAGCAGGUGGACUUUGUCUACAACACGCAAUGGCACAACUCGCAGCCAUUUCAGAUGCUCAAGCGGCAGACUGGCGUCAUGGUCUCCAUCGCGGCCGGUCCUACGGUCGAGCAAUUACGGCUUGUGAUGGGGCAGAAGACGGUGCCGUUCUGGGUUGUUUGGGUGGUCACCAUGCUUCAGUGGUGGUACGACUGGAAGCUCAGAGGAACCAACAUCAAGAGGGACUUUAUCUCUGGGCAUCCGGGGAAUCGCCAGGACCUAGAGGCGUGUGGUGAGCUGAUAGCGGCGGGGAAGAUCAAGCCCGUCUCGAAUAUUGUGGGGUUUGAUGAUCUGGACGGGAUCAAGGAUGGGUUCACAAAGGUCUUUGAGGGCAAGGGUGGCUUUGGGUCUUUUGUUGUGAAAAUUAGGUAGGAUGAAGGUGCCAAAUGACAUGGGAUGAUGGGAACACUGGUCAAGCUUGUCUCGGCGUUCCGUCCCAAGUUGCGGUUAAUUUUGAGGUGGGGAGCAACGCGCAAGGUUUGCCCGUCAGGCCCACAGGGCUUAAUUGAAUUCUCGCGUCAAGCCACCCGACGCGCUAAUUGUUACGCGACUCGGCCGUGUUCUAGCACCACUUUCGCUUCUUUUAUAGGUGGAGGGUACGUCCUCACCGGGCAACCGGUUUUGCUUUCCCCCCAUAUUCCAAAGUAGUCACAUACCUCGCACAUCGGUUACCAACUUACCAACAACCUCGA